UCCACUGUCCCCCCCACCACACCACUCCCUCCUCCCCCUCUCUGUUACCUUUGCUUUAUCAUAAUUAAACAUCAAUACCCUCUCUCUCUCUCUCUCUCUCUCUCCCCUUUUUGAUACUCGUCCAUUUGGAGUUUCAAGGGUUAAGAGAACCCACAAGCCUGUAUUUGUGUCUUGUGAUGAUUGGACCAAAAUAACAAAUUUAAGGAACUACUGAAGCUGCUGCUGCUGUGAGAUGUCUCCAUUUUCUCAGCAGUAGACUACUCUUGUGUUUGCACAAUCAAGAGGAGCUAGCUUUGGUGCCAUGGUGAAGUUGUCUAUCUUUCAAAGACAGUAACUUGUUCUUGUUGUCUCUGGCUAUUACUCAAUUGGAAUUUGCAAUUAGCUCUUCACUAUAAGUAUGAGACCAAACAUCGACCUUGAAGUCGAGGCGUCAAUGGGAAAUGAUUCUGAAGUGAGCAGCCAAGUAGCCUCUAACUUAACCAUCCAAGAAACCUCUUUUGCUCCUCCCUCAGCAGCUCAUUUGGUUUCAGACAAAGUUUCACUGGACUUAACACUCAGAUUCAGUAACGAAGGAUCGAGAGCAAUUGAUGCGAUAGGACUAUCGUUGUCUGGCACAAGGGAGAGCAGCAACGAGCCUGCAUCCUGCACAACAGCAGCAACCGUGCCUCGAAUGUUCUCCUGCAAUUACUGCCAGCGCAAGUUCUUCAGCUCGCAAGCGCUAGGCGGACACCAGAAUGCACAUAAGAGAGAAAGAACAAUAGCAAAGCGAGCCACGCGGAUGGGAAUUCUAGCAGAAAGGUAUGCUAGCCUUGCAUCACUACCUCUCCAUCUAUCUUCGGUCCGGUCUUUGGGGAUCAAAGCACAUUCUUCAGUGCACCAGAGUUUUCUACCACCAGUAAGACCAUUCAAUAGCGCAAGAUUUGAUCAAGGAUGUCUUGGAUCACCUAUAUUUAUCGAGGACGAUGAGGCGGAGCUGUUGUGGCCGGGUAGUUUCCGGCAGGUAGUAGAGGCAGCUGGGGAUGCUCAUCCUAGUUUUAUUGUUUCAGGUGAUUCAAAUGUGAAUUUUCUUGAGGUUAGUCCACCAAUGGAGUUUGACAAUUCUGCAGGACCAGAUCUCACAUUGAAACUUUGAGAGGUUCAUUGUAUCCUCUCCAUGUACAGCAAGAUGUGCAUUUUCCCUGACUAGCUAUGCUUGUUUUUAUUGUAUCUUAAUGAAUCAUGGUAUUGACUUUAGUGUUAUGAAAUGAUUCAGUGUAUGAGAGCUUCAACGAGGAUUACUUUUGGAGCUCCUAUGCUUGUUAUGAUCAAGAUUUUUUUUCGAAUUUGCU